AUGCCAGGCAAAUCACAACUGAUAAUUAUAGAUACAUCUCGGACACUUGCUCUAGAAGAAUCCUUCUUCGACUCUUUUUCUCUAUAUUUCCAAAUGAUACCGGUCAGAGGGAGCGACUGGGAAGCGAAGAUUUUCAUAUGUAAAAGAUGGAAUGUUACAGAUGAAUGGGCAUUACCGGACAUAAAAGACGUCAUGAACGGAGGAAAAGGUGUUUUGCGAGGGAGGAGUUUCGGCUUGAUAGAUGAGUUGUUCGGGUCAUUAGAAUGGGAUAUCACAUAA